AUGUGGUCAAACGAUGCGGUUAAAAUAUUAGAAGAAUUAUCAGGUGCCCUCAAAAGUAUCCAUGAUAAAGGAGUAAUUCAUCAGGACCUUCGUUGUGAUAAUAUUUUAAUGAAUGACGAAGACAUAUUUCACUUUCCAGCUAUUAGUGAUUUGGGAUUAAAGAGCCCAGAAAAGCAUUGUAAAUUACAUUACGAAGAAUUCAAGAAGGAUCAAUUGGUUAAUAUGGCAAUUAAAGAUGUUGAGAUGAUGAUCCAAAAAACGCUCAAAAGCAUUUGA